CGUAUUUUAGAUACUCUACCGUACUGACUAGGGCUGGGCAAUAAAUCAACAAUAUAUAUUGUUACUACUGGGGUCGUUUAACCUAAUUAUGCAAAUGAGUGUGCAGGUGCCUGUUUUUGAUUGGUGCCUGGAGGACAACGGGGGACGUCCGAUUGGUGGCCUCCCGGAGGUGACGGAUAUAAAAGCUGGUGACUGACUUCCUGCCAUCCAUCCUCGGCUCAUCCCAACUGACCACAAUGUUUGACAUCAUGUAAAGUUCUGGAGUUUGUAGGAGUGAGCUGCCGUUUCUGUUUUCUUAGGUUUCUCAUGUUUUUCUUAGUUAGGGAGGUAAGAUUUUCUCAUUUGGUUUAUUUACUUUCAAUUAGGUAAGUUGGUUAAUACUCAGAUAGUUUCCUUUUGUUUGUUGUUUUUGGCAUUAGCUCACUCUGAAGUCAUACGCUCCACUUGUUGUAACAUCUCAAUCAAAAAAUACAUCUUUAUAAAAUAAAUAGAAUUAUAAAAUGUUCAACUUUGUGUGUUUGGCUGCUUGGGAUCUGAAGAGGACGGAUUCUUUAUGUUAUGAUCUGGCCACGCCUAGACGGGUCGUAACAAUAUCGUGACGUGUCCGAUAGAACGUUGAAUAAUUUCACUGAACUCCAAUCCAGAACCAAAUGACAUUCUGGGAGAUUUAGGCAGAGGAACGACAGCUAAGUAAACUUUUUUCUGUCCGCUCAACUUUCCAUGAAUAUGGAUAUAUUUCAACAAUAUUAUCAUACUGAUAUAAAGAUUGGGUUUUGUGAUGUUGCAAUGUUUAAGCAAAAUCGUAAAUAAAGUUAUUUCACUUAAAAAUGGAGCUAAUUUUUAGAAAGCGGUAAUUGUGAAUUAAACUAAGCCAGAGGAUUAGAUCGCUAAUAUCAUAAUUGAACUCUUCAUCCCCUGUUAGGAAAAGCAAAUUUUAUUAUGAUAAAACUUAAAGAUGGAAUACAUUUCUUGUACAAUAUGUAGUUUUGAAAAUCUUUCUAAAAACAUAAAGUUGCAAUUGAAAAAAUGAGUAUUGUCUCAAAAUCCCUGUCACAAAUCACACAGGAAUUGAUAUUUAUUGGCAUUAGCUCAACCUUAUCUCAAACUAACUUUUAGCCAUAUAAAAGAUGUUUAUUUUUUUCUUUUGAGUAACAGCUGUAUCAUGGGGAUACAGCUGUCAAAUUGCAGGGAGAAUUUUCUUUAAAACUGUUAAGUUGAAAAUUAGCACAUUUUAAUGUGUAUUUUUUGCCAUUUUGGAAAUAUAACAAUGUUUACAGAGAAAAUUGUGCCUGUCACAGAAGAGAAAAAAAAUUUGUUUUCAGACAAAGUAUUUAAAUAAUUUUUGUUUCACUCUACUGAGCAUGUGAGAUUCAUCAAAUUUUGCUCUGUAUUUAACAAGUCAGAACAAAAUCCAUUUGGAUACUGAAAUAUCUCCAGCAAUAACGUUGGAACACAAAAAUACCUAUACUGUAUAUUUCAAAUUGAUUUUGUUGUUUUUUGUAAUUGUAGUUGUACUUUUUGGCAGCACAAACAGUGACCAGUCCCGCCAUUUGGGAUGUCAAAGUUACGACAGAGGGCGUACUGUUACAACUGUCACAUUUUUGCAUGCUUGUAACCAGCACACUCAAACCCUUAUGUGCACUUUGAGUCCACACUUUAUAGAGAGGUGUGGACUAUCCCAAUACCAGUGCAAGUAUUGGGACCAGGACUGUAUUUCUCUUUGACAGGAAAUCAAAAGAGCCACAGAAAAUACAGCGGAGCCAAUUCAGUUUCAUCAUCUGAUCUGAUUCUUAAAGCCAUAAAUACACUUUAGCUUGAAGCAGCUUACUGCAUCAAUACCACAGAUGUACACAGCUUGAAAUUAUUCAGCAAAAAUCCUGCUUCUUAAAUUUCUUUUAGUUUUUUUUUUUUUUUUUUUUGCUCUUUUAUUAUAUGUUUAAGAUCUAAUUUCAUGUAAAGAGAUAUUCAGAAGCCUCUGUGAGCUACACUUCUAUUAGUCAUCAGGAUGAAGAAGAGAAUCUGACAAAACCUUACUUCUGCCUCCUAGUGUCUGAACAGUGAACUGUUCUUCCCUGCAUCCCUCUGCUAAGCCUAGGACUCACACAGCAAAGCAGGCCUUUUGAUGUGAAAUUCAAGCCUGUAUAUAGAUCAUUCGAUUGUCUCUGCAAGCACAGCUAGAAAGAUCAAUUUUUGAAAUUACAGGUCAAAAUAUGUGAUUAAAGCAAAGCUGGAAAAAAAUAGUAUGUGGGAAAAGAUGUUUACUGUGGGUUUUAUCCUGCAGUGUCUUCAGAGAAGAGGAAAACAGUGUCAGACUCUCACAGCCUUUAAUUUUCCAGAAACACAUUUUGAGACAGACCACUUGGUCAAAAAGGGCCUGUUUUUACACAACAAAAAUAAAACUGUUUGUGCAUUUACAAGGAAAGAAAACCCCACCAAACCUGGAAUUCAAAGUCAACCAAACCUGCAAAUAGAGGGAUUUAAUGAAGCCUGGGUCUGAUGUGGACAACCAGUCAAAUGAGACUGAAAGCACAGUAAUGCUUCAGUAGUGCUAAUGAUGAACAGUAGCAGAGCUCAAGUCAUCCAGAGGGAGACUCUCCCCUCCGCUACUCCACACAGGCAGAGAGAACCAGGCAGCAGGCAGAGGAAGGAGGGAGGGAAGAUGGGAGAGAGGGAGAACCGUCACUCUGAAGUGACAGGCCUCUUUGGGACAUGGCACCCAUCAUUAAAGAUGACAUCAGAGCAGGGAGGGUCUUCCGUGUGAGGUAGAUGAUUCCAUGAUGCUGGAGAGCAGCUCAGUAUAAAAACCUUGAGCCCAGCGUGUUGGGAAGCAGCAGCUGCCACUCACACUGGCAGACCCACUCUACGACUAAGGAUAUACAAGUACCGUGCAGGGACAGCAGCCUCCUGACACCCAUAUACCCCACCCCACUACUUGUUUCUUUGGAGCGUAAACCUUCAAGGUUUAGCUUCACAAGAUGGACUUAAGGGUAACAAGCCUCCUUUUUAUCCUCCUGGCAUUGGCCGAGGGAACCCCCGAGAGAUACUACGCGCCAAAAGUGACAAAGGUCCCGUACCCCGUGAAGAGUCACUCUGUUGCAGGACCACAAGGUCCUCCAGGACCACCAGGUGAGCCAGGACCAAUGGGACCAUCUGGACCUCCUGGAGAAAGGGGUGUUGGUCAUCCUGGACCUCGGGGCCCUCCAGGACCACCUGGCGCCUCUGGCCUCUCUCAGGCUGGCAAACCUGGUACCCCAGGUGCUCCUGGAAAACCCGGAAUCCCUGGUGCACCUGGUGAAAGAGGAUUAAACGGUGCAACUGGACCAAUGGGACCAAGAGGUUCCCCCGGUACACCUGGAACCCCUGGACCUGCUGGACUUUCAGCCACUGGAAAACCUGGACCAGCAGGGCUUCCGGGUCCAAUGGGUCACAGAGGAGAACCUGGUUUGAAGGGGCAUCCUGGUAUCCCUGGUCUUCCUGGUCCUAAAGGAGAGAGAGGCAUUGGUGUUCCUGGGGUCCAGGGUCCACCAGGUGGAACUGGGCCAAUGGGCCCAUCUGGCAUGCCUGGCAAACCUGGAGUUGGCAAGUCUGGUUCCCCUGGCUAUCCGGGAGAACCUGGUAAGGCGGGAAUGCCAGGAAGGGAUGGUGCCCCUGGGCCAAUGGGUUUGCCAGGUCUUAAAGGUCACACUGGACCUCCAGGUGUAGGAGCACCAGGAAAACCAGGCCAGAAUGGUACCCCAGGUACACCCGGGCCUAUGGGAUCCAGAGGUCCACAGGGACCUGCUGGUCAACCAGGCUCCCCUGGUAUGCCAGGUGUUGGUAAGACUGGUGAACCCGGAAUACCAGGAUCCAGAGGAGCUCCAGGAAGUCCAGGAACCACUGGUCAGAAAGGAGAACCAGGCCCAACUGGAUUUACUGGUCAACCAGGUGCUCCCGGUCCUAUAGGGCCAGCUGGUCCACAGGGUGCAAGAGGAUUUCAGGGUGAGUCAGGCCCAGUAGGACCCAAAGGUGAUAUUGGUAUGGUUGGUGCACCAGGCCCAAGAGGAUCCAAGGGUGAGCAGGGAGCACAAGGCUUUACUGGAAAACCAGGUGUUCCUGGUGCAGUAGGUCCCCCAGGAGUUCCAGGCCAUAAUGGAGCGCAGGGUCCAAAGGGUUCACAAGGCCAUGGUGGCCCUCCAGGAAGUCCUGGUGCAAAUGGUGUACCUGGACUUAAAGGACACACAGGGGCCCCAGGAGCACCAGGUAAAAGCGGUGAACCUGGACUGCCAGGAGAAUCAGGACCAGUUGGCCCCCCUGGUCCAUCAGGCCCCCCUGGACUUAAGGGACACCCAGGUCUCCCAGGUCCACCUGGUCCAGCAGGCCUGACAGCUAAGGGAAUUUCUGGCCCUAUGGGUCCCCCAGGACCUCCAGGUCAGAGAGGCCAUGAUGGUCUCCCUGGUCCUGCUGGUCCUCCUGGUCCACCUGGUCCCCCAGGAGAGAUGGUGUACCACCAUGAAAAGAGUAUGCCAAUCAAGUCCCACGAGGUUGUGAUGCCUCAUGAAGUGAUGAAGGCUCCCAUGUCUGCCUUUAGUGCUGUGCUGACCAUGGCCUACCCCCCUGCUGGAACCCCUAUUGCUUUCAACCAGGUUCUUUACAAUGGAGAGAACCACUAUGACCCCCACAGCGGUGUGUUCACCUGUCAGAUCCCAGGUCUUUACUAUUUUAGCUUCCACGUGCAUGUCAAUGGUGCAAAUGCAUUGGUGGCCCUCUACAAAAAUGAGGAGCCUUCGGUUUUCAUCUAUGAUGAAUACAACAAGGGCUUCUUGGAUCAGAUGGCAGGCAGUGCUGUUUUUAUGCUGCACCCGGGGGACAGAGUCUAUGUUCAAGUUCCCGAUGAGGAAAGCAAUGGUAUAUUUGCUGCUGACAAUGUUCACUGUGGCUUCUCUGGGUUCUUGAUUGCCUCAACGUGAUUUAAUGAAUCCCUGUAAACCUCAAAACCUUACAAGAAAACAUUAAACUGUUCAGAGAAAUAGAUUAAUUUACACAAAUUGAAAUAAAGAUUGUAAAUCUGUUUUACCGUUUACCAACCUCACUCAAAGUGACAAGGGUUAAAAUUAAUCAAUGAACCGAGAUACCAUUUUUCUAAAAAAUUUAGGCCUCAAAUUUAUCCUUGUUCCCUGUUCACUCUAUGCCUUAGAAAUGAAACAAAAACAUAGAAUGAUAUUGGAAGAUUUCUUAAGUGGUGCCCUACAGUUACCUGGAACCUUUACAGAUACUUUUUUAUUUGUGUUUGUUUUUUUAUUCUUGUUUGUUUAAGGAUUUCCUUUAAAUUUACAAACAAAAAUAUGCAAAACUGAUCUAAUAUAUGUUAUAAGAGAUCAGCACAUUUACACCAGCACUGUGACUACAAACAGAACAUUGGAGGAGAAUUUCAAACUGCUUUUUUGUAACUAUAUCCCAUUGGAUGUGUUAAGUUAUGUACCACUUACUGAGAAAAACAUGGAAUAAAAGUACGACUUUGAAAAAUG